AUGUCCUGGUUCUCAAGUCUGCUCCUGACGCUCUUCAUUGUGUCGCUUGUCAGCGCACAGGCACGGGCCGCCCUGCGCAUCUACGACGCCUCGUCGACGUACCGGUACGCCGGGUGCUGGAACGAGACGACGGGGAUCGCGGGGUCGUCCGGGGCACGCGCGCUGGCGGGCGGCAUCUCGCAGGACUUCCCGCUCAACGGGCCCAUGACGGUCGAGACGUGCCUGGACCUGUGCGCGCACGGCCAGGGGGCGCCGUACCGCCUCGCCGGCGUCGAGUACUCGCGCCAGUGCUGGUGCGCCAACCGCCUGUCCAGCCUCAGCGCCCGCCUGCCCGACGCCGCCUGCGACCUGCCCUGCGACGGCGACCGCACCCUGGCCUGCGGCGGCAGCCUCAAGCUGGGCCUGUACAACCUCACGGAGAGCGGCAAGAACGGUGCGGUUCGGGCCGGGGGUGUGGGCAGUGCCGCGGUAGCGAUGGGGGUCGUGGUCGCUGGGGUCGUCAUGAUGGUUGGGCUGUGA